UCUCUCUCUCUUUCAGAGCAUGAGUGUGGUGGCUCUCUACCCUAUCAGUCUGCAACUCUUUGCCCAGAAAAUUACUUCAUCUUUACAUUGAUUUGGCCAAACACUCAGAUGCCAAAACCCUAGAACACCCACCUCCAUUUCCCUGCUGUUACUCUCACUACACUAUUAGUCUAUCAGUUUCACAACACAAAUCCAAAAAAAACAAAAAUAAAAAAACAAAAGAGGAAACUAACUUUAAUCUCUCGUUUCCCACACAAAAACCCACUAGCUAACCCCUCCUUUCUUUUACUACCUCUCACCACCAUCCAAAACGCUUCAAAAUACUAGCUCAGCAUACCCACAAGCCAAUCCCACCCCUCUGUAUCUCUGUAUCUCUCUUUUUCUCUUUCUCUCUCUCUCUCUCUCUCUCUGUCUCUGUAUUCAGUAGACAUAUAUACAUAUUCCGAAACAAGCCCAGAAAGCUCACUCGCUCCUUCUCUCUCUACAUUUAAGAACAAACCCAGAAAGCUCUCUCUUCUUUCUCGCUCUCCCUUUCUUUUGUUUUCUGUCUACACAUGCAUUUGGGUUGUUUUCUCCGUCAAUGAGUUGUGACUCCAGCCACCAUUUUGGGGGGAAUGGGGUGCAUGGUCUCGCGUUUAGCGGCGAAAUUCGCCUUCUUUCCGCCGUCGCCGGCGACGUACCAGGUGAAGAAGCGCGACGAUGGCAGGCUCGUGGCGGUGUCCUCUUCGAUGCCGAUCCCACUUGCCGACGAUAGUUCGCUUGAUGUUCUGCUUAUCGAUACCAAGCGUGGCAACAAGAUCGUCGCUUUCUAUCUGAGGAACCCUUAUGCUCGCCUCACUCUGCUGUACUCUCAUGGCAAUGCUGCUGACCUUGGCCAGCUUUAUGAUCUCUUUGUUCAGCUCAAGGUCAAUCUUAGAGUUAAUCUCAUGGGAUAUGACUAUUCUGGCUAUGGAGCCUCUACUGGUAAGCCCAGUGAAUCCAAUACUUAUGCUGACAUAGAGGCAGUUUAUGAAUGUCUUGAGACUGAGUAUGGAGUUAGCCAGGAAGACUUAAUUUUGUAUGGGCAGUCAGUUGGGAGUGGGCCAACACUGCACUUGGCUGCUCAAUUGCCAAGGCUGCGAGGUGUAGUUCUACAUAGCGCCAUUCUGUCUGGCCUUCGUGUGCUGUGCCAUGUAAAGUUCACACUUUGCUUUGACAUUUAUAAGAAUGUGAACAAAAUUCGGAAGGUGAAGUGCCCCGUGCUAGUGAUACAUGGUACUGAAGAUGAUGUGGUAAAUUGGUUACAUGGCAAUGGACUAUGGAAAAUGGCGAGAGAACCAUAUGAACCCUUAUGGAUUAAAGGAGGUGGGCACUGCAACUUGGAGAUAUAUCCUGAUUACAUCCGCCAUCUUUGCAGGUUCAUCCAAGAAAUGGAGAAUAUAACAACAGCAACUCGCCUAAAAAAGAUCCGUGAAAGUCUUGGUCUGCACAAGAGAUCUAAUACCAGUACUGCAAUCUCUACUAAAUGGUGCUGUAGAAUUAAACUACGGCGACCCAAAUGCCCAGCCUGCUGGAAGCCCAGCUGCCCAAAAUGUUGUUGUCGACCCAAAUGCCCGAAGUCUUGCUCGCCACCCAAAUGCCCAAAGUGUUGCUGGCGACCCAAAUGCCCAAAGUGUUGCUGGCGACCCAAAUGCCUGAAGUGUUGUUGGCGACCCAAAUGCCCGAAGUGUUGCUGGCGACCCAAAUGCCCGAAGUGUUGCUGGAGACCCAAAUGCACAAAAUGUUUUUGGCGACCUAAAUGCCCAGAAUGUUCAAGGCCCAGCUGCAUAAAAUGUUUUUCUUGGCGAUGUUUUGUUGGGGCAUGUUGUGGUUCGGAGGAGAAGCAGAAUGGCUGAUGGUGAGGCAUUUGUAUAGAUUGCUGAACUCUUGCUAACACCCCUCAAAUCUGUGCAAUAGUGGAUGAGCAGGGAGGAAGAAGUAGUCUCUCAGAGUUAAAAGAACAACAGUUUUUAUCAGAUGUUUCCCCAGGUGUAUCUUAAAAUUGUGAUUUUAUAUCAACUGUGUUGAAAAUUUUUCCAUUUUUUUCCCUGUUGAAUGAACCUUGUUACCAUAGCAAAUUUUUACCCAUUUGAAGCUUUCAAGACAUUGAAUUGUAGUGCUUUUUAAGUUUGAAAAUUUGUUUGAUAGGUCA